GCGCCGGCGCGGCCUGGGGACAGCGCGCGGGGAGGGGGCCAGUGCGGCGCAUGCGCGCUGUGGUCCCCGCCGCUGCUUGGUGCCCCCGCCGCUGCCGCCGCUGCCGCCGCCUCCUUUCCGCCGGCGGGUGUGUGAAGGAGGAGCUGGAGCCGGAGCCGGGGCCGCCGCCACCGCCGCUACCAUGGGGAGAAAGUCAAGUAAGGCUAAAGAGAAGAAACAGAAGAGGCUGGAGGAGCGGGCCGCCAUGGACGCUGUCUGUGCCAAAGUGGAGGCCGCCAACAAGCUCGAGGACCCCUUGGAGGCCUUCCCAGUGUUCAAGAAAUACGACCGCAACGGAUUAAACGUCUCCAUCGAGUGUAAGCGCGUGUCAGGGCUGGAGCAGGCGACGGUGGACUGGGCUUUCGAUCUCACCAAAAGCAACAUGCAGACCUUGUAUGAACAGAGCGAGUGGGGCUGGAAGGACCGAGAAAAGAAGGAAGAGAUGACGGAUGACCGGGCCUGGUACCUCAUUGCUUGGGAAGGGAGCGCCGUGCCUGUGGCCUUUUCCCAUUUCCGGUUCGAUGUGGAGUGUGGGGACGAGGUCUUGUACUGUUAUGAGGUCCAGUUGGAGAGCAAAGUGCGGCGAAAAGGCCUGGGCAAGUUCCUGAUCCAGAUCCUGCAGCUGGUGGCCAACAGCACGCAGAUGAAGAAAGUCAUGUUAACAGUGUUCAAACACAACCAUGGAGCCUAUCAGUUUUUCAGAGAAGCCUUGCAGUUUGAGAUCGAUGACAGCUCUCCCAGCAUGUCUGGCUGCUGUGGCGAUGACUGCUCCUAUGAGAUCCUGAGCCGGAGGACGAAGUUUGGGGACAGCCAGCAUGCCCACUCAGGUGGGCACUGUGGCGGCUGCUGCCAUUGAGGCUGCCCCAGGCCCCAGAACCACCUCUCCCCCCAGGCUGGCCCCUUCCCCUGCCUCCCGUCACUCCACACAUUCUCAGCUGCCUCUCACCGCUCAGGUCCUCCCGGUCGUGGCCUCCUCGGCUCGGGAGCUACCACUGUGCACCCCCAGAAACCCAGGCUCCCAUUGGUUGGGGAACGACUCCAAGAACCACCACCCCCUCUUCCCAGAGCAGUGGCAAACAGUACAGGGCAACAGGGCUGGGGAAGAACCGUCCGCUUUCUCGAGGUGACCCGCUGGGGCCCUUUGCCAGCCUAUGAUGCAGACAAGCUUGUGCCAAGCGGCGUCUUUGGAAGUAGCUGAAGCCCCCAGAGCUCGCUACCCCCAGCUUGUGCAAGAGCAGCCGCACAGCGCUGGGCUCCCCCACAGGAGAGAAAGGAGAGUUGGGGGUGCGAGAACACCCACAGCCUGGCUAAGAGCACGGCGGCAUUAGGUCUGAGGAGCUUCCUCAGGGAGGGCCUCUGGUGCCAAGAAAGUGGGCUGAGCUCCUCCAGGAGUCUGUUUGCAAAUGUGCAGUGAAAGUCGGCCCUGGGGUCCGGGGCUGCCUCUGGCAGGCCUUCCCUCCUCUCCAUCAAGUCCGGUGGCCAGAGGGCUGGGAAGGAGCCCCCCACGUAGGGACAGUCUAGAGGCUGUGACGGAGCUCAGUGACUCCGGCUUAUCCUGUGCUUCUCCCGGCCCCAAGGGUUGCUGCCCAGCUCCUGGGACGUGACAUCAGGGAGCCCCCGGGCUUCCCCUAGUUCUGUCUGCUCUUCAAUGCCAUUUCCUCUGUACUUUGGUGCUGACUCUUCCCCUGCCCUGCUUGCACUAUCCCUGACCUCUCCCUCCUUUGCCUCAGGGAGGUGCUGGUGCUGCUGACCCCGUCCACACUCCACCAGCGGUCUGUGGAGCAGAGGGGCAGCUGUGCCUAGCCUCUGGCCAUUUUCUUCAAGGAUGCACUCUGACCUGUCCGGCUCCUGGGGUGCUGGAAUGGGGAGGAGAGAAGGCGGGAGAGGGCCUUUGUCGGGUCUCCGUCCAAGAGGAGCGGCUUCUUGGGUGCUGACCUCCCUCCCCUGUCUGUCCUCCGCGUUCCUCUCGCCCCCUGCCUGGGGUGGGGGCCGCCCCCAGCACGAAUCCUUUGAAGCCCCUCUGUAGGGAGCAUCUUUCAAGUCUUAGCCUCUGUGAAGGUUCUUGUAGAAGGUCUGUCCUCGGGCCUCAGAUUCUCCUCACACCUGCAUUGCCCCAACUCAGGAGGCAGCCGAGCCUGCCUGUUCUUAGACUGUCCCCUGCAAGCCCCAGGCCCUUCUCGCCUCUCACCUCUGCAUGGGAGUACGGACGCCAUGCUACGGAACACCAGCCUGUGAGCUGCUGGGGGCCGGCCCCGGCCUUCCACUUCCCUCUCCAGCUCACACCCUGCUCCCCUUGGAAAGGGCCAGGGUUUUUUAAAGACGCCUUUGCAGCUUUUACACUGGAUUGAAUCCCCACUCCCGAGCCUCAGUGUCUCUGAGGGAAGCUCCUGCCACAGGGUGGAUUUUCUAGGGCAUUGAAAGGGGCUGAUUUGGGCUCCCUCAAACUAGGAGCAAAUGAAGUACCUUUUAAGAAGACUUUCCCUUCUCUCCAGGGACACGAACCAAAAUACUUUGGGUCUCAGAUCAUGGAUUUCUGACUGUUUAUACCCCCAGAAUUCCAAAAGAAUCCCCAACAAAAUUCCUAGUAAUGAGUUCAUUGUGGCGCUUUUUUUUUUACUGACUUUAAUAACCAGCCCCUGAUGACCAAACUCUUUUGCAGAGGGUGCCGUGGAAUUGCCCCCAUCUCUGUUUGAAUCGACUGUCUCUCAGUUGGCAGGGGCAGAAUCUAAGGAGUAGCAAGUCAUUCCUUGCUUUAGUUUUCCUGUUUUGAGAUCUCCUUGGCCCUGUGUCCCAUCAGUGUCUUGCCUCAACUUCUCCCGAGUCUAGUUUUUGAGAAACGUAGCCGACUGUUUGGAUUGUAUCAUUGUUUUGUCUGGGGCACGGUGAAGUAUUUUUGUUAAAGGUCUUCUUGUUAAGUUGUAUUCAUCCCAUCCAUGCUGGCGCACUUCUGUUGGUGUGCCUGUGUACGUGCGUGUGCGUGUGUGUGUGCGCGUGCGUGUGUUUCUUUUUAACCCUUCUGUUUUUUAGAGGAAGAUUUGAGAACAGACCCCCAACUCUUGAUAUAUAUAUUUUUUCCUUAGCAAAUUCUUUUCUCACUGGAAUCAAAGGGAAAAAGGAAGCCUUUUUGCAUUGGUUUUAUUUGUACGUUACAAAUAAAAGACACUUUGUUCA